GGUCUGUCGAACACUGACUGCCCUUGACUGAGACACUGCGUGUGGUUCCCCUGCUUCAGGCUGCGUGGUUUCCCUGAGAGAAGCGCCGCCGCCGCCAUGUCUGCGCCGUCGCUGUCCUCCCUCUCCUCCACACGCCAAUUCGAGUUCCUCCACAGCCCUCGCCCGCUCUUGUCGCUCCCCCGCGCGUCGCCUGUAUUUCCAAGGAAUUCGAAUCAGAAUCGACCUUCGAGAGUGCUGUUAAUCGCUGCUCAGUCUUCAAUUUCGAGACGCUCCAAUGAGAUCAGCGGAAGCUAUGCGCAUGAUCCGGAGCUUCGAUCAGUGCUUGAACUUGCCACUGAUUCUGAAUUAUAUGAACUAGAAAGAAUUUUGUAUGGGCCAAGUUACUUCAGUCCCCUGUUGAAAUCAAUAGCACAAAGAUCUGAAGAUGAUCAUAUUGUUAUUGGAGAAGAUAUGGAACAGAGGGAAGAUUUUAUUUCAAUGCUCGAAUCGAGGUUUUUGUUUCUUGCAGCUGAUGCCCGAUCAACAUUAAGGGGUUGGAGACCAUCUUAUAGAAAUGUAUUGCUUGAAGUUCGAAAAAAGUUAAAAAUACCUUGUUCGGCCAAGUUGUCUUCCGAGGGUCUAGAAGUAGAGAUUUUUCUCCAUCUCUUGCAAGAGUACUCCAGUGAAGAACCAGGAAAUCUUUCAAGUUCUAAGAGUAGCUCAAAGUAUUCCGAGGGAUCUAACAACCUAGAACUUGGAUUGAGUCAGUGGAAAGUACAAAAGCUCACAGCUCUACGUAUUGGUGCUUCAGAGCUCCAAUCAACAUUACUAAAGGGCGGUGGGAUCCUCACACUGGAGAAACUGUUGGUAUCGUUAGGUGAGAGAUUAUCAGGAAAAAUGUUUACAGAAGCUGCUAAAUAUCAGAUGAAGCAAGAACUUGUCAAAAAGGCUGGACACUUGGCGACUAUCAACCUCGAAUCUAGAGCAGCCAUGAUGGCUGCUAAACAGGGUUUGCGAGCUGCUGCCGCGCGAUAUCUGGGGCUUAGGAGCCUGACUCAAUUACUUGGUCCCAUGAUGUGGGGCACGUUGUUGGCGGAUAUUGUCAUUCAAAUGCUCGGAACAGACUACGCUCGAAUCUUGCGCGCCAUAUACGCAUUUGCUCAGAUUCGAAUCUAUCGGUCUCACAAGACAGCAUCUACAUGAGGUACAUUCUCUGAUCUUCGAUUCUAUGUACAGUUUUUAAUGUCCCGUCUGGAAUUUAUGCUCGAUAGGACAAUCGAUGCGAUGUUUUUUGGUUUUAUGCUUGUUUAUAGUAUGCAGGUUGUCCUUGUUAAUUUUGGUUUGGAAGGGAAGCCAGCAUGUUCA